AACACUUGUAUAGAUUAUGACACUGUGUACAUGUUGCAUAUAUUUUUAUGUAAUCGGCACAAGAUUUUGAGGUUGCAAGCAAAAUCCUCCUCACCAUAAGGGUGUUGUUUUGCAGAAUACAGAAUUAGGGUUUGAAACAAGAACCAAUUGAAGUCAGUUUCUUUUCAAUUGCAGCUUAAUUCCAGAGAAGGAUUGAAAUUCAUGGGAUUUCAUGAACUGGGCUGAAUCUGUAGAAGAUGAAGAUAAAGACGAUAACCACGAGACUUCCUAACUCAACAGAUAGAUUUAAACAACCCCAUUUGGAAUCGGACAAUUUGAUUCAAACUCGAUGCAAAUCCGGAAAAAUUAGGAAAGAUGAAGCAUUGGGUUACUUCGAUUCCAUGAUUCAAACCAAACCCUUGCCAUCUAUUUGGACUUUCAAUUGUUUGUUUGGGGCACUCUCCAAGAUGAAGCAGUAUUCUGCUGUCGUUUCUAUGUGUAAACAGUUGCUGGGUUGCGCUCAAUUCCGACCUGAGGUGGGUACAUUGAAUAUUCUUAUGAAUUGCUUGUGCUGUCUGAAUCAGGUGGAUUUGGGUUUCUCUGUUUUAGCAAUUACCCUUAAAUAUGGUCUUAAUCCCGAUGCUCAUACUAUAAAUACUUUGCUCCAUGGACUUUGCAAGUACCGUUCCCUGGCCGAGGCAAUGGAGUUCUUCCAAGAAAUAGAAAUGAAAGGAUACAAAUGCGAUGAAAUCACUUAUGCUACCAUGAUCAAUGGACUAUGCAAAGCUGGGAAAACUUCUAAGGCGCUCGAGAUACUUACAAAGAUGUGGGAAGAUGGAAUGUUCAAGCCCAACCAAGAAUGCUACAAUCCAAUCACUGAUAGCCUCUGUAAAGAAAGACGAAUAGACGAGGCCUUGAUCCUAUUUCGAGAUAUGAUCAGCAAAAGUGUUGUACCGAAUGUUUUCAAUUAUAACACAUUGAUUCAUGGGUUAUGCAACACGAGUCGCUGGGAAGAAGUGCUCUCUCUUUUUGAAGGAAUGGUAGAUCACGGAGUCAAGCCUAAUGUUGUCACCUACAACACACUAAUUUAUGCAUUGUGCCAAUCGGGGAGGAUGGAAAAGGCCAAGAGCUACUUGAUUUGCAUGCUUAACAGUGGAAUUUCACCAGAUGUAUACACAUAUAGUAUUCUUAUCAGUAGUCUUUGCAAGGAAGAAAGAAUUCAAGAAGCGCUUACUUUGUUGGAAAAUAUGACGACGAAAGGCAUAAAGCCUGAUGUUGUCACUUUUACUUCCUUGAUUUCUGCAUCAUGCAAGUCUGGUAACUGGGAGGAAGGUGUGAGGUUAUUCAAAACCAUGAUUGGUUAUGGAGCCUUGCCUAAUAUUGUUACAUACAGUGCUGUUCUGGAUGCUUUAUGCAAGGAAGGGAAGACAGCAGAGGCACUGAAUCUUGUGGAAGAAAUGAUCAGUAGGGGGGAAAAGCCUAAUGUUGUGACUUACAACUCCUUAAUUAAUGGAUUGUGUCGUACCAACCAAUGGAGAGAAGCCACAAGGUUGUUUGACAAAAUGUUAUGCCAUGGAAUCUUACCUAAUCGCCUAACUUUGAAGAUACUUUCGGGUGCUCUCUGCAAUGGAGGGAUGGCCGAUGAGGUUCGCAAAGAAUUUAAGGCGAGAAUGGAUGGAGCUUUGAAGAUUUUUCCUAAUGCUUCAUGUGCAGAAUAAUAUGCUACCUGGUUUGAAAUUUGUAUUAAUGAAGAGUGGUCAUAAAUUGAUGAAUAGAUUUCCAUGUGAUGGGGUAAUUCACUGGUUAUGUUUUUCUUGUUUC